AUGUCGGACGCGUAUCUCGCGUAUCUGUUGCUGGUUCCGUGCGGCCUGGCGGCGCUCUCCGCUAUUCAUCUCGUUAUCACGUCCACCUUGUUCCCCAAGCCCUCGGAGUCGCACACUAGACCCUCGGAUGCACCUUUGAAUGGGACGCCACGCGUCAGGUUGGUCCUGAAGGUGUUACGGGCGAUCGGCGGCCUCUACCUCGUCGCGUUCGCGUUUUCAAGCUUGUACGGGAGGCGACUUCCGUUGAUGGUCCGGGUCGAGACGUGUGCUUUCUACGUCUACGCUGCACUCCUUGCACUCGGAUCGUUGGCCGGAGUGCACGGAUUGAAACGAGCUGUCGAGUUGCAUGUUAGCGCACUUUACCUAGCAGCAUUUCUGGUUUACGCGUAUGCAGACGGGUCCCAAUUGGUGCUUGUUGAUGGAUCCUUGCCUGCAUUCCCUGCACUCGGGCGUCUAAUCGUACUGUUCUUCCUGGGCGUGUUUAUCCCACUGGCACUUCCCGGAGAUUCUUCUUCAGACCCCUUACGGCGUGCGUCUCUCUGGUCGCUCUUGACAUGGGGCUAUAUGGACGGUAUCGUUCUAUAUGCGUCCCGUCACGACGAUCUUCCCCUCGAGAAACUUCUUCCGCUACAACAGGGGGACGCUGCGGAGCUGCUUUCUGCGAAGGGCCUUCCGAAAAUUGAUCCCCUGCAAUCGAAGAGCAAGCGCCACGUUUUCUGGAGCCUCAUGGAGAUUUUUAAAUGGGACUAUAUCAAGAUGUUCUUCCUCAACCUGGUUCUCGCCGCCUCCAUGUUCUUAGCGCCGAUUGGUAUUCAGAACCUCCUCGAAUACCUCGAAAACGGGGAUGCACGCUCGAACGCGACUAUUCGUCCUUGGGUCUGGAUCGUGUGGGUCGCGCUCGGACCCCUCGUUCGCUCAUUCUGCAUGGAGUGGUAUCUCCAUUACUCGCAGAGGACCGUCACCCGGGCAGAGGCAAUCAUCACCCAGCUCGUUUUCCAGAACUCCCUGAGGUUGCGCCUGAGCGCGGGCGUGGGUGCCAAAUCUGGACAUGUAAAGGUUCUAUCCUCCGACGAAACCUCGGAAGCCGCGAGCGAGUCCGAAAGUACCGUGACGGCAGCAUCGAUCCUGGCAGAUUCCGACGAUGUGACCACCGUUGGCGAAGAGGUGAUCGAAGCUGCGGAUAAUGAACUCGUCGAUGCCGAUGCGGCAUCGCGCACCGUCAAACAACACGAUGAAGCAGGAAAGCAGCUCGCUGGAAGGAUCAACAAUCUGGUCACUAGCGAUCUCAGCAACAUGGCAGGUGGCGCCGAUUUCAUGUUACUCUUGCGGUCUGCCUUGCCUCUCAUCGGCAGCACGAUAUAUCUUUAUCGGCUACUCGGGUCGAGCGCGCUUGUUGGCGCCGCUGUGCUAGUAUUGACCUUACCCGUGCCUACUUGGGUGGCGAAGGUGCACAUACGAUCCCAGCGCGAGAAGAUGUCUGCGUCCGACCGACGCGUACAGGUUGUUACGCAAACGAUGAGCGUGCUUAGGAUGAUCAAGUUGUUUGCUUGGGAAGACAGGUCGGAGCGGAAGAUCGACGACGUCCGGGAGCAGGAAUUGGGCUGGAUUCGCUUCGGUCGUUUGCUUGGUUUGAUCGACUACUUCAUCGGCUUCCUGCCGCUGCUUCAGGUGAUGGCUAUCUUCGGGACCUACGUGUUGGUCAUGAAACAAGACCUCGCACCAUCGCUGGUGUUCACUUUCAUUGCCGUGUUCAGCAUCUUGAGCGGUCAGAUAUGGAAUCUGAUGGGCAUCCUUCCAUUGAUCAUGAAUGGAAAGGUUUCUCUUGAUCGUCUCAACGAGUUCCUUCACGAAACGGACCUACUUUCGCCUCCUUCUUCGUCGUCCCUGGCUGAAGCUACCCAGCCUGCAAACGAAGUCGUGGGAAUCAGCAAUGCCACCUUCACAUGGAACGGGAUCAGCGCGACCGAUGGAAAUCCGAGGAAGCGAGGGUUCAAGCUGAUUGUCAAGGAGGAGGUCGUCUUCGACUCCGGCACUAUCAACCUCAUAGUUGGUCCGACGGGAAGCGGGAAGACCUCACUCCUGCUCGCCCUUCUCGGGGAAAUGAACUACCACCCCGAUGGGCCUCGCUCUUGGUAUCAUCUGUCGCGUGAUGGGGGAGUGGCCUACGCCGCACAGGAAACGUGGAUCUUGAACGACACGAUCCGAGAGAAUAUUAUCUUCGGUUCGCCUCUCGACCAGGACAGGUAUAAUCAGGUGCUCGAACAAUGUGCCCUCAAGCAAGAUCUGGCGAUGUUUGCGGGCGGUGACCUCACUGAAGUGGGCGAAAAGGGCUUGAACUUGAGUGGCGGUCAAAAGGCUAGGAUUACUCUAGCUCGAGCCAUAUAUUCGAAAGCGAAGAUCCUCCUACUGGACGAUAUCCUAGCAGCCCUUGACGUACAUACGGGUAAAUGGGUUGUCGAGAAAUGUUUGAAGGGCGUCCUUCUUCGUGAUCGGACAGUCCUCUUCGUCACACACAACUUGGCUUUGACACAAUCUCUGGCGAAGAAGGUUAUCCGUAUCAACAAUGGCGUCGUGGCCGAGGAACGCUCCCUGGAGAGUGCUGUCGAGCAUGACGCUUCCCUCCGUGCAGAGCUUCUGAAGUCUCAGAAGCUGGUUCAGAAGGCAGAGGCAGUCGACGAAAAACCAGAUGUAUCGGAAGGAGGGGAAGAUCAAAGCAUAGCGGGGAAGUUGGUUGUCACUGAAGAGGUAUCGCAUGGGCAGGUUGGCUUGAGCGCCAUCAUGCUCUAUUUGGGAAACCUCGGUGGAACCUUCUUCUGGAUCGCAAGAGUUAUCACGGCGUUGGGAAAAUCCGGGUUCUACAUCUACCAGCCGUUCUUCCUCGGAUUGUGGGCAAGCCAAUACGAAGUUCGCCCUGCGGAUCAAGUACCAGAUAAGCUGUACCUUGCGGGUUAUGCAGGGGUCGUUUUUGCAUCCCUCUUCUUCGGCGCGACAGGGGACGCCUUGUGGAUUUACGGGGGUAUUCGAGCGUCACGGAGAAUCCACCGCUCUCUGGUGGCGUCCGUUCUGAGCUCCACCUUCCGCUGGCUGGAUACCGUUCCGAACGCGCGUGUCAUCACUCGGUUCACGAAGGAUCUCAGCUCUAUCGAUCAGAUGAUUGGCUCAAUUUUCUCCUGGCAAAUCAGUAUCGGGACGAAUAUUGUGCUGAUGUUUGUUGCUAUCACGUACAUCGUGGGAUGGCGUGCGGCCGUGGCCGGUCUCUUCGUUAUAGUAUCUGCGAUGGGUGUUGGACGAAUUUGGGUCAAGGGUCAGAGAGUCAUCAAACGAGAGCAGAGCGUCGCUCGAUCACCAGUGUUGAGUCUCUUUGAUGCUGCACUGGAAGGACUACCAUCCAUCCGAGCCUACAAUGCACAGGAGCAGUUCACUCGGCUGCUCAUGAUCCGCAUCGACAAUUAUACGAGACUCUCGCGGAACUUAUACAGUGUGAAUCGUUGGGUUGAUGUUCGCAUUGAUGCCAUUGGCUCCGUUUUCUCCGCUGUUGUCGCUGCGGGCAUCGUAUACGGAAAGGUCAUUGACGUUGCCAGUGCAGGAUUCGCUCUGAAUCAAGUCUUGGCGUUCGCCGUGGAAGUCUUCUGGUUUGCCCGUACGAUCAACAUGGCUGAGGUGGAAUGCACGUCGUUGUCUGCUUUGCACGUUCGACUGCUCACAAUCGUUCGCAGCCUUGAAAGAAUCCGCGACUUCAUUGACAUCGACCACGAGCCUCCUUCCUCUGACGAUGGCAUUCCUCCGGCGUACUGGCCCGCCAGUGGCUCUUUGCACGUCUCUGGACUUUCCGCCAGAUACUCUCGCGAUUCCACCGACGUGCUGAAAGACCUGAGCUUCGACAUUCGUUCCGGGGAGAGGGUCGGUGUGGUCGGAAGGACCGGCGCUGGAAAGUCCACGAUCGCUUUAGCUUUAUUGCGCGCCAUCGUCACCAGCGGCGAGGUGUUUUAUGAUGGUAUCGAAAUCCACAAGAUCAACCUGGACAAACUCCGGUCCAACAUCACGCUUAUACCCCAACAUCCGGAUCUCCUGGCGGGCACAUUACGCGAGAACUUAGACCCGUUCGGGGAGAACGACGAUACCACUUUGAUUGAGGCUUUGCGCGCUGCGGGGUUGUCCCGAAUACAAAGGGAGGGUGAUCCGGCAGCACUAACGCUCGACUCCGAGGUGGCCGCGGGAGGUGCAAACGUCUCCCAUGGGCAACGCCAGAUAAUCGCUUUGGCUCGGGCCCAUGUUCGCGGAACCAAACUCGUUAUCAUGGACGAAGCUACGGCUGCGAUAGAUUACGAAACAGACGCGGCCAUCCAAGAAUCCAUCCGUAACACCCUCAAAGGCGACGUUACUCUGAUAACCAUUGCUCAUCGGUUGCGAACAAUCAUGGACUACGACAAAAUUAUGGUCCUCGAUGCUGGCCGACUCAUCGAGUUUGGUUCUCCAAAGCAGUUGCUGGCAGAGAAGAAAGGCCUCUUCUACGACCUUGUCGAGAACUCGCACGAUCGCGAGACAUUGUACGGGAUGAUAAAGUGA